GGGAGGGCGCGCAUGCGCGGAGGAUCCCGGACUUCCCGGUGUGGCGGCGCCGGGAUCAUGGAGAAGCUGCGCCGGGUGCUGAGCGGGCGGGACGAUGAGGAGCAAGGGCUGACGGCGCAGGUGCUGGAUUCCACUUCACUUAGUUUUGGCACUAGGUUGAGGUGGUUUGCCAUAUGUUUCGUAUGUGGCGUUUUGUGUUCUUUUCUUGGAAUGGGAUUGUUGUGGCUACCAGGUGGAGUGAAACUUUUUGCUGUUUUUUACACCUUUGGAAAUAUUGCAGCAUUAGCCAGCACUUGCUUCUUGAAGGGACCUGUGAAACAACUGAAGAGCAUGUUUGAGCCCACAAGAUUGUUUGCUACGAUUUGCGUGUUGCUCUGUUUGAUAUUCACUCUGUGCGCUGUUCUUUGGUGGCAUAAAAAAGGCCUGGCCCUUCUAUUCUGCAUAUUACAGUUCCUAGCAAUGACAUGGUAUAGUUUGUCAUAUAUCCCAUAUGCAAGAGAUGCGGUGAAAAAAUGCUGUACGUCCAUCAUAAGUUGAACCGACAAAAUCUCACGGAGAAGGACAGGAGAAGCCGAGGCCUUGCUUUCCACGGAAGUAUGUUUCUUCAGAUCUUACUCUUCACUCCAGAAAGAGCGAUCAGACACCGUUUUGUAUCCUGGUAAAGCACGUCUGUGUUUUGUGAAGCUUAAAUGUUUUAUUAAAUAAAUAGUUUCAUUGUGCUGUUAAUUGGAUACAUCUUUACCAAAGACCACGAGUCCUUCAACACUGCCUUAAGCGGUAACUGCUUUUAGACUGCUUUUAUGGUUUAAAUUUGAUAAGAGUUGGGUGUGAAUCUAGGCAGCCAGGGAGCUUUGCCAUUCGUUCUUUUGAAGAUACAUUUUAUAAAGGUUUUUACCUGGAAUGUUAAAGCUUACUUUCAUAUAAAUAACAAACUGUUCUGCGUAGUAUGUACAUUUAUAUAUACUAUGUUGGCGAAAUUUUAAGAUAAACUCUCUAAAUAAAAGUUGAUGUUUUCCAGAAGAGA